GAUUCCAUUCGUCGUCUCUAUUCCGACGCCAGUUGGCGUUUUUCGUCUUCUCUCUUCGCGAAUCUGGCCGCCUCCGCCUCUUCUGCGAUCCCCACGCCGACCCCGAUCCCAACCCCCUCCGCACGGACAUGAUCCGCAAGCUUCGUCUUCUUCUUCUUCUAUUGGCUCUCGUAGCUCUUACCCUCACCUCGAGGAUCCGACUCGGCUGUGCGCACGAGCACCACGGCGAGGGGGAGGAGGAGGAGAAAGACGAGGACGAGGACGAGUCAAGCUGCGAGGCGAAACCCGAUAUCCAUCUCGUCGCGGGUUACCGUCCAGGAACCGUCACCAUCGACGGCCGAUCAGAUGACUGGGCCGGCGUUGAUGGACCUCUGCUCCCUCUCCUUCCCGCGCUCGAUUUUGACGAGGAUGAGGCUUACGGCGGCGGAAAGAUGACUGUCAAGGCUGUGCAUGAUGGUCAAAACGUAUACUUCAUGCUGCAAGUUGCUGGCGAGUAUGCUUAUUCUUUGGACCCCCGGCCACAGUGCAGCGGUUGGCCCUCCAAGCGGUUAACCAGCGAUGAUCAUAAAUGUCCUUCAGUUGCUCUAAUGUUUCAAGUUGGGGAAAAUGCAACAUAUAAAAAUAUGGGAGGUUGUUCUCACAUGCCUGGUUCAUGCACUGAUAAAAACUGCCAUGGUCACGAGGUAGACAUUAUGCACUUUUCUGUUGGCAAAGCGAUUCCUGGACGGCUAUAUGGUAGUAAUCUUGUUGACAACAGUAAAGGAAAUGGAAAUGAUAGUUUCGGACAUCUGGUUGAUGUUUAUGCUUGGAAUCCACACUGUCGUUACCUUGAUGGAACUGGUCCUCCAGAAGAUAAAUCAAUUGGGAAAAAUGAUUGGGUUGGAGCUUGGUGGCACAGUUCUCUAGUGUCUCAUAUAGGAUUCAUAGAAGAAGAUUCUCCGUAUGGGAAGAGCGGUGAGCAAGGCACUUACCUUUUCGAAUUCUCCAGACCCCUGAGAACAAUGGAUCGUUUUCAACAGGACGCUCAGUUUACCAUCGGCCAGACCAGCAAGGUGGCCGUUGCUUUCUGGUAUCCAACAGAUGGUAAACCAUGGAGCAAAUCCCAGCACUUCUCAGCUAGCUGCAAUUGGUUGGCAUUGGAUGUAGCUCCAGCCUCUGAACUAUCAUCUGUCUCUCCUGUGUCACCAAGAAUUGGGCCAUCAGAUGCAGCCACAUCCUUCGCUUUGCUCCUAUCGGUCGUCUCCUUCUGCCUCACUAUAUUUAUCGGAUACUGGGUUUCCAAAACUAGACCUGUGCCCUUCACACCUAUCGACAGCCUAUGAUAGCACUAAAAAAUGCUCUUCUUUGCUGCACAUUCACCAAACACACCAGAUUAUAUAUUCAGUUGUGCUCAA